CAUCACAAACAAACCAGUGAGCCACUGACACACACAAUAUGCGCCAUAUGGCGGUGGCAUCACCGCUUUUAACCUCACCACCAACAGUUUCUGCAUUUCUCCGACAAACCCGAAGCUACAAAAGGACCUUGAUCCGGUCGUCCUCAUCAGCAUCAUCGCCAAUGGACCUUCACCACCCAAAACGAGUGGUCGUAUGCGGCGGCGGCGUCAUCGGCGUAUGCACCGCUUACUUCUUAGCCAAAAGCGGCGCCACCGUAACCCUCGUCGAGAAAUCCUCCGUGGCUUGCGCUGCCUCCGGAAAAGCCGGCGGCUUCCUCGCCCUCGAUUGGUGUGACGGCGGGCCCCUCAGUUCCCUCGCCCGUGCCAGCUUCAACCUCCACCGUUCGCUUGCUCAAGAACUCGACGGCCCCAAUUCUUACGGCUACCGAUCCCUCACCACUCUCAGCCUCACCGUCACAGAGUCUCAGAGCUCGAAACCCUCCGGAAAGUCCGCUUUGCCGUCUUGGGUUGAUGGGCCGGGUCGGAGUCCGAGAACCAUCGGGACCACGGAGACCACAGCCCAGGUCCAUCCUCAGCUCUUUACCCGGACCUUGAUUUCGAAGGCGGCGGAGGAUUAUGGCGUCGACGUGGUGAUUGGGAAAUUGGAGCACUUGGGAGUGGACAAUGGGCGAGUGAGCUCGGUGGUUUUGGAGGGAGGACGAGUGAUUGACUCGGACGCUGUCGUUUUGGCGCUGGGGCCAUGGUGUGGGAAAUUUGAGCUGUUGUCGUCGUUGUUCAGAGUGUACGGUAUAAAGGCUCAUAGCAUUGUGUUGGAGCCUAAAGAACCUGAGGCUAUAACCCCUCAUGCGCUUUUCCUGAGUUACUAUCCGUCUCAAGGAGGAAAGCCCUUGGACCCAGAAGUGUACCCUCGCCCCACAGGUGAGGUGUAUGUGUGUGGGAUGUCCGCAGAGGCAGAGAUACCGGAUGAUCCAGAGCAAAUAGUGGGCAAUCCGGAGUCGAUAGAGGUGCUGAAAGGGGUGGCAAGCAGUGUGUCAAGCCAUUUGAGAGAAGGAGAGGCACAGGUGAAGGCAGAGCAAGCAUGUUUCCUGCCCUGUACCGAUGAUGGUGUCCCUGUGAUUGGGGAGGUGCCAGGGGUUAAGGGGUGUUAUGUGGCUACUGGGCAUAAUUGUUGGGGGAUUCUGAAUGGUCCUGCCACUGGAGCUGCUGUGGCUGAGCUUGUGCUGGAUGGGAAAGCUAGCAUUGUAGAUCUCAGUCGGUUUAGUCCGGCAAGAUUUGCUGGGCUUAAGAAGGGUUAAGACAUUAAUCUGGUGUAGACAGAUUUAGAGCACUGAGGAAGUGCAGUGAAGUCAUGUUGUAUCUGGUGGUAAAUUAAAUACAGGUUCAUUUUCGUUUUUAUCUGAAAACUUUGAAAACAUCCCCACACUUAUAUGUUGUAUAUCUGUCGACAAAAGCAAAAUGUUAAAGAACUUUUACUUAUAUCAGUGUCAACUGAUAAUAUCUUUUUAAACCACUGCGUGUAGUUUUUUUUUUAAUUUUCAGUUGAAGGUAAGAAAGAAUCUGCAUAUGGUAGCUAUCAGUCAGGAAUCAAGCAGCGGCGGUCAAAAGAAAUAAGCUGUUGCAGUUGCCUGCAAGCAAAGCAAGAAAGCAUGUAGCAGCUGAGUAUGGUAGUUGGAAGAUAGUUAAGACUGUCAGGAGUUUGUGUAAUUAGCUGUAAUUGUUUGUUCCCUGCCCUGUGUGAGAAGCAACGCAAAGGAAUGCGGUUGUAUAAGUCCAAGCCAUUGUAAAAAUGACUGAUAUUCAUGAAAUGGAAGAUUACAAAUUAGUAGGCAUCA